GCUUGCUGUCACUGACACAAUGUGCUCGCGGAGUCCAUUUGACGGAUUUUAUUAGGUGUGACGGUGGAAUAAGAGGAAAUCAUGCCAGGAUCUUCGUAGGAGCCGACCGCGGACCCUUUACUUUUUCAUAUAAUUUUUUCAUGCCUUUAUCUUAUUUGACCCUGAACGACAAUGCUUUACUUUCAGUUGGUGAUCAUGGCAGGGACGGUAAUGCUGGCAUAUUACUUUGAGUACACCGAUACUUUCAACGUGCACGUCCAGGGAUUUUUCUGUCAUGAUAAUGCCUAUACGAAGCCCUAUCUUGGACCAGAGGAGUCUAGUGCGAUCCCACCAGCUAUCCUGUACGCGGUGGUGGCAGGAGUCCCAGCACUUGUGAUCACAGUGACAGAGUCAGCGCUGUUCUUGCUGCAGUAUGUCUCUGAGGAUCUAGACAACAGGGAGAAGAUCAUUGUGAUGGGGGACUGUUGUUACCUCAACCCUCUGGUCCGAAGGACAUUUCGCUUUCUUGGUGUGUAUGCCUUUGGCCUCUUUGUCACUGACAUCUUUGUCAAUGCCGGGCAGGUGGUAACAGGAAAUCUGUCUCCAUACUUCCUGACGGUGUGCAAACCCAACUACACUGCACUGGGGUGCCAACAAGUGGUGCGGUUCAUCAAUCAAAAGGAAGCCUGUACAGGCAAUGAGGAGGAGAUUAUGCAUGCUCGCAAAUCUUUUCCAUCCAAAGAGGCAGCCAUCAGUGUUUAUGCUGCUCUGUAUGUUGCUAUGUACAUCACAUGCUCAGUGAAGGCCAAAGGGACACGGCUGGCCAAGCCAGUGUUCUCUAUGGGGCUCAUUUGUCUGGCCUUCCUAAUGGGGAUUAAUCGUGUGGUGGAGUACCGCAACCACUGGUCUGAUGUCAUCGCUGGCUUCAUCAUCGGAGUAGCCAUUGCUGUCUUUAUGGUGGUGUGUGUGGUGAAAAAUUUCAAAGGAAAGCCCUUACUGGAUGAGAUACCGCCAGAGGGGAGUGUGUCCAGUGGUCCCAUGAUCAGUCAGCCGAGAAUGGAACACACCAUGGAGAAGUACAUAGCCUCCCAGAAUCCCAUCACUUAUGCUGAGAUCACAUGACAAUGACAAGCCAGUAACCAAAAAGCUGUGGAUAAUGUUGCUGCUCUCUGAUGUGACAUCUUACUUUGAGUGUAGCGUCAAUAUGUGAAAUUUUAACACUUCUAUUUCAAGUGUCUGAAAAUUGUCAAUAUCACCUUUGUGUCCUCCUUGUUACUCUUUUGUUGAAAAUGAUUAUGCUGGGGUUGUAUCCCUAUUUUUAUAUGAAUAAAUCACUGUUAGCAGUUUUGUAAUGGAAUAUGCAGGGUACAGAGUGAAUGUGGAAUUGUAACAUGAUGUCAUUAAAAUGUGUUAAACAUAUCCUGAUGUACUAUUAUAACCAUCCUGAUCUCGUGAAAAUUACUCUACGUGGUUCAUUACUUGUAGAAAAGCAGUUCCCUGGUGAAAUGUCCAAUGUGUGGCACUAAAAGUGCAUUACAUGUUCUUUCCAUUUAGAUUCAGUUUUUAAUAUUACUGCAAUUUUUAGUUUUAAAUAAACAACCUACCUCCCUACCAUAAGCCUAAACUUAACCAAUAGUGUCAUAAACUCAAAUGUGAGGUGAAAACAGGUGAGGAUUUGAGGGUUAAUGCUCGGUUGGGUUUUUCCUACCUAAACCUAACCGGUAAUGUCAUAAAAGUAACUGUGACAUGAAAAACACAAUUUCUGAAGCAUCACUUCAUUUUGUGACGCUUCCAUGACACUUUCGGCUCACGUGUCGACUUGUGUGCUCUCCUCGAUUCAUAUCCCAAACCUUUGCAUCAGUUGAGCAACCGUGCAAUUUGAUUGCGCUGAACAUGCUUGUAAAUGCAGUUGGUUAUGUAAUGCAAAUAUUAAAAUGUAUCGUCUUACAAGUCAUGCACUUUAGUAAAUGCUUUGAUGUCAUAAGAUAGCAUUGUAUGAGGAACCUGUGAUUUGUGUAAAAGGAAAUAAAAGCAAUUGUUGGUGAAGCACCUCUAGUGUUUAUUUCACCAGACUGCCCCAAUAUGCACAGUGAGCCACGUAAAACUCAUUUAGAAAAAAUGUAGUUAUAGUAACGUGAUGCUAUAAGACCAGGUUGAUUAUAAAAUACUAUGUGGAUCCUUAGUUGAUUUUUUGUAAGUGACUCUAAAAGAAGAUUUUGUCUGAUAAGAAAUCUGUUUCUUUAGAACCAAAACUCUGGUUUUAGAGAGAUUCUCUGAUGUUUGGAAUAACUUCUCUUCACAAUUAUUUCUUCCCACCUAAAUGUAUAAUGUUACCUAGUUUCAGCCUAAGAUGGCACAUCCACAGUCUGUUCGCUGACUGUCUGAUGCAUACACAAAACUUGAAAGUACUUUCUUGAUCUGGCAAGCGCUGAUAUGACUGAAUUUAAGCAUCUUCUGGUAGUAAUGGUCAACAGGGUUUUUAUCAGUCAAAGUCUUGUUUUUAGGAAGAACUGGAUUUGCGAAAGAUAUUGACCAGUUUAGUGACGUCAAAUUUUAUACCCUCAGUGAGCACUUUAUUAAGAACUCUAUGGUCCUAAUAAAGUGCCCGGCAUGGUCUUCUGCUGUAGUAGCUCAUACGCUUUCAACGUGUUGUGCAGUCUGAGAUGCUAUUCUGCUCACUUCAAUUGUACAGAGUGGUUAUCUGAGUUACUGUAGCCUUUCUGUCAGCUUGAACCAGUCUGGCCAUUCUCCAUUGACCUCUCUCAUCAACAAAGAGUUUCCACAGAACUGCCGAUCACUGGAUGUUUUUUGUUUUUGGCACCAUUCUGAGUAAAUUCUAGAGAAUGUUGUGUGAAUUGACAGGAGAUCAGCAGUUAACAGAAAUACUCAUACCAGCCUGUCUGGCACCAACAAUCAUGCCACAGUUGAAAUCACGGAGAUACAUUUUUUUUUUUUGCCCAAUUCUGAUGGUUGAUGUGAACAUUAACUGAAGCUCCUGACCCAUAUCUGCAUGAUUUUAUGCAUUUUAUGCUCAGUGAGUGUAUAUUCAGAUCUUUGUUUGAGUCCCUUCAUCUUUACAGAUGAAGGGAAUUUGUAAGAGUUACUUUUAGCAGUAACAUGGCAGAUGUGUGAUAGACAGAUCGUACUCACUACAGCAGAGAUUUUAAGGUAGGCUGAUGCUGACAUGAGGUGAUAAGCAAAAAUCAUGAUUGGUUUUGGUGUCAAUAUAACAGAGAUUACCUUGGGCAGGGCUGAUGGAUUUAAUUGUGACUGGCAAUUUAUUUCAAAACUCACAAAAAAGCUUUUGAUUGGGUUAUCAUGCUUGGUUGUGUAUGAUGUGUCACUUGUGUGCUUAAAUAUGGGUGGUGUGUGUAUGUUUGCAGGUUUUGGUGGUUUAUGAGGACAUUUUGUUAGGUUACAAACUGGUAAUUACAAGGGUAUUAUGCUUUAAAUGUUUUUUGAAAAUGUAAAAAUGCAGAAAGUUUUUUUGUGAGGUUAUGGGAUAGAAUCUAUAGUUCCUACAAUUAUUUUUAUACUGUGUCUAUGGAGAGUCCUCAUAACGAUUGCCGCACCAACAUGUGUGUGUGUGUGCACGCAUGUGUGUGUGUUUGUGCUUAUUUGUUAGUCUGCCCCUCAUGCAGCCUCUCUGAAUAUGCAGUCUAUAGUGAGAAUGUUGUUUUUUUUUCUUGCCAAACAAUCAUCAGACUGAGCUUGAACAAUACCUGUACCUGUUAAGGAGAGAAAGACAGAGCUGGUAAGAUGGAGGAGAUGGACCUUCAUUGAAUCGAUCAUUUACUUCACACAGAUAUAUGGUAAUAUUUGCAUUUGGAUAUGUUUACAAUUUCACAAUCAAAUACAGUGGCCCCAAAAGUAACACUUAAAAAUGUGUUACAUUUAUUGCUUUAGAUAACUUAAAAAAAAAACCUUGCUUAACCUUUGAACUUUACUUUUCUGAGCCAAGGUAAUCCGUUCAAUGGUUCAAAGUUGGUUCCCCUCAAGUUCCUAGGUCGUAGCAGAGUAACAACAGAUGUAGUCCAUCAUAUUAACUAUAUACUGUAUGUCCCAAAUGUUUGACAGCCAAAUAUGUGUGUCCUCAAUUUUAAACAAUAUCACUAUUGUUUUAUCAUUUGAAACUUACCAUUUAUUUAUUUAUUUUUUUAAAUGUGUGGUUUGAAAAGUGUUUUUGCAAUUUUUUUAAUUCAGUACAUGCCUCUUGGGUUGAUGUUUUAUUAUAUAAAGCAAAGGCAUUUGUUCAUUCUUUAGUGUGGCUAAAAUGUUUUUUGGGGGAAUAUUUACUGUGUCAUAGACCUUGUAGCAUAAAAGGUCUGCAGUAUUUCAAUUUACAUUCUGCAGAGUUAUAUUUUGUUUGAUCUCUCACAGGCCGGUGAUGAGAUUUAAAAUGAAUGCUUGAAUACAAUAAACCCAGUGUCUCACGGUGGUGUAAAUAAUGUAUUCUAUUUAUUUUAUUUAUGUAGUAUUACUGUAUGUCCUGAACCCCUUUAUGAACACUGUUUGAAUCAUCAAUUGAUGCAUUGGAACAAUGUGCAAAAAAUACAUAUACAUAUACAGUAUAUGAUUAAGGUUAUGGUCCUGUAAUGGAAGCAAUUAAGUUGUUUCUUUGAUUUAAUUUGUGAUGUCCUUUACUUCGUGUUUGCAAGCUUUAUUUUUUUAUUUCUUUGUAAUAUGUUUAUUUAGAUGGCUUACAUGCUUUAACAUGGUUUAUAACAGGAUUUGAUGCCCAAAAUCCAAAUAUUGCAAAUUAAAUUUGUAUUGUGUGAA